AGAAGUGGAGACGCUACUUGACCUGACAUUCGGGGUCUUGGGAUAGAAACCUUCUCGACUCCAAGUUUAGCAUCAUCGACUUGUCCCCUCAACUUCUACUUGCACCUGCUGCUGGGCCUGCCACAACCACUCAAUCCCAGGACGAGCCUGCAACACCUGUCCAUCUCGCAUUCAUCCCCACAACACGUCAACAUGUCGGCCGCAAGACCCGUGCCGUCCUUGGCCAUUGUGGGCGGUGGCAUCGCAGGCCUGACGCUCGCACUUAAUCUCAUCAACCGCUCCAAGUCAUCAUCAUCUUCACAGCCAAAAUACACGGUCACAGUUUACGAGGCGGCCAAUGCAUUUGCCGAGAUUGGAGCUGGGGUGUCCUUUGGGCCCAAUGCCUCCCGCGCGAUGAAGGCCAUCGGGCCCGAGGUAUAUGCCGCGUUCGAGAGGACGCAGACCAGGAACCAGUUCGAGUCCAAGCAGGACGUGUGGUUCGACUUCCGCUAUGGCGAGAGUGUCGACGGCAGGUACAAGGUCAGCGGCGAGGAGGGCGCAGACGCCAACGGGGAGCUCAUCGCCACGGUCAAGUGCUCCGGGGGGCAGCGGGGCGUCAAGAGGAGCGACUUCCUGGACGAGCUGAUCAAGCACGUGCCCGAGGGCGUCGCCAAGUUCGGCCGGAGGGUCACUCAUUACACCGAAGGCACCAACGGCAAAGUGACGCUGCACUUCACGGAAGGAGACGACGAGAUCCAUGACGCUGUCAUUGGGUGUGACGGGAUCAAGUCCAAUAUCCGCAAGACCUUGCUGGCUGGGACUUCGAAGCCGGAGAAUGCACACGCGACGUUUAGCGGCAAGUUCUGCUACCGCGGCUUGAUCCCCAUGGACGAGGCCGUGUCUCUGUUGGGCGAGGAGAUGGCCAAGAAUGCUCAGAUGUACCUGGGACGCCAUGGCCACAUCCUUACUUUUGCAAUAGAGAAGGGCAAACUGAUGAACGUUGUCGCAUUUGCCUCGGCCAAUGAAUGGAAUGACGACCGUUGGGUAGUGGAAGCCAACCCCGACCAGAUGAGAGCCGACUUUGAAGGCUGGUCGCCCACAGUCACCAAGAUCAUCUCUCUGAUGCGCAAGAACGACAUCUGGGCGCUCUUCAACCACCCCCCGGCACCAACGUACGUGUCUGAGCGCGGGCACGUGUGUAUCCUUGGUGACGCGGCUCACGCGACGACACCGCACAAGGGCUCGGGGGCAGGGAUGGCUAUCGAGGAUGCGCUGGUGAUGGGGCAGCUCGUCUCUGAGGCACUCUCGGGCGAGGACGUGGAUGCUGGCAGGGCAAUUCCCGCGGCAUUUAGGGUUUUCGACGCCACGCGGCGGGAGAGGACUCUGCGGCUGGUGGAGGACUCCAGGGAGACGGGCCAGCUGUAUGACCUUGAGCACCCGGAGUUCGGAACCGACAAGGAUAAGCUUAGAGAGACGCUGCUGAAGAGGAUGGAUUGGGUGUGGGAGAGGGAUAUGGACGCCGAGGUGACCGACUCCCUGGACAAACUCAGGAACAGGCUGCUCGGCAAUGAUAAAUGACGAGAUCAUGGUGCAGACUACGAGUUCACUGUACCCUUUCCUGGGCCUUCAGCGUAUUUCAAGGAUAAGUUGAUCUUGUAACAUAUACUACAUCUUCUUCCGCAGCCUUGCUGGGUCAAGAUCUCUUUCGGGUGCGCCAGCCCGGAAUAUGCCCCUAACCUUCAACGCUUUCA